ACGAGCCUGGAUGUGACGACGAUGCUUUACUUUCGAAGCAAGGCGGAGCACCGGAAUCUGCACCUGGUCCAAUGCAUCUACCUCGGCGACCGUGUCCAAGUCGAUUCGUUUGCGUUCAUUCCUGUUGAAGCCCAUGUCGCUGGCAGAUGACACGCAUGAAUCCCUUCUACUUUGCGACGUCGAUCGCGAUGACCGACGUCUUUAACUUUAACGAGCACGACACGUUGCUCGACCACCACCGUCUCUUGCUCGGCUCGGUGCCCGAUAAACAUUACGAGAACCAGCUCAUCGAGCACGUUCUGCUCAGACAAUUUGGCGCGGUUCGAACCACUCUGCACAAGCUGGCGAUUGUCCCGAUCCUCUACAAGUAUGGCCGUCACGUGCUCGAGGAUGCGAUUGACGUUGUUCGCCUCCUCGCCGACCACGGCGCCCACAUCUCGGAGCGCACCUCGGCAACCACUGCGAUCUCCACAACGACAUCCUCGGCGAUUGCUCCCGGCGCUGCCAGGUACGAGUAG